GGAGAAGAGAGAGCUUUUUCAUCGACUUUAUUUUUGCUUGAGCAGAGCCUACUGAGGUGGUCGCAUUCUCUCUGUUGGAAGGAGAUGAAAAUAGACUAGGCUGUGCGAGUUCUGAAAGUGUGAGUGAGAAGGCGGUAUUUUGAACGUUUCGGUUUGGAAGACAGCACAAAGGAAAGUGUAUUCUUUUGUUACUCGUCGCUGAAAACGGUGGUACAGAGUGAUUCCUCCGCGGCGAGUCGCGUUUUUCUUUGCUUUAAAAAAAAAGUGGAAGUGAAUUUUGGAUUUCAAGGUCAUGAGUGGCACGUGGGAGAUCUCUGACGUAACGCCGUCUGACGAAUCGUUUUUGGAGGUUAGGUACGUCGAGGCGCAAGAGGUGACACAGGGGUCCGGAAAAUCCCGAGAGGCAGAAUGGCUGUCUGGCACGUGGCCGUUGACGCCGUUCGAUGGUACGCUGAUGCCAAACAACCGGAAGUCAGAGUGGAUCCGGUUCCGAGAUCAGUUUAACCGCAUUGUUUCCUGCAAGGCACCGGUGGGACCGUCCACAAAACUGACUGGUUUGAAGAUCUUCGCGGGCGAUUUCCUGCUCAACAUUAUAGAAAUGCAGGAGAAACUGGUUGAUUCGGAGUCAAUUGAUGUUUAUUCGGACACGGUAGAGGCGCUCAACAGGUACUUCAACCAAAUCUGUGAUUCGGCAAAGGAGAGGCUAAAGUUUCGUGAGAUGAAAAUGAGCGAGGGCGAACCGUUCGACGACUGGGUCCUGCGCCUAGAGGCGCAGGCGAAGUAUUGUGAUUUCGAGCUGAAACAGAGGGAAGAGGAGUUUUUGCAGGCUCUGACGAGACGCUCCAUCCCGGACAUCGCUGGCAAGCUGUACGAGGCAUCGGACAUGCUGGGGCGCGAUCUGCAAAAGAUCAUUAAUCACGGCAAGCAUCUGGAUGACAUCAGGCGGGAAGCGGCAGAUGCCGCUAAGCAGCUGGACGAGAGAGCUGGCGCAAGCGGAGGCCAACGCCACGAAGAAGAGGGGUUCAAAGCAGUGAACGUGGUGCGUCAAUUCAAGCCGAAGGCGGAACGCGGUCGUUAUUUUUCGGGCGGAUCAACCAAGGGCUUCGCGGUGCCACAGAAAAGGUAUCGCGACUGGCCUCUGAAGCGGGAUGCGUGGGAGAAGAUGUCCGUGGCUAACUGCACAAAGUGCGGUCGGGUGCAUGGGCCAGGACAGUGCGCAGCUUUCCGCGUGAAGUGCUGGAACUGUGGCGUCUGGGGUCACUUUGCCGAGUGUUGCAAGAAUCCCAAAGCCAUGGAGGGGGGUUCGCGCGACCGACGUUACCGACCGGAAUCCGUCAAAGAAGAAGCUGGAAGGAUUAAUCAGUUGCUCGCUCGGAAUCAAGAGUACGAUACCCCGCACGCGGCGAUUGAUCCGCGGUUGGUGAACUGUAUAAUCGGUACGGAGUGUGUGCAGUUCCUAGUCGAUUCUGGUGCAACGGUGAAUACGGUCACGGUUGGCGUCUGGGAAUCCCUCAAAGCAUGCUGCAAAUCAGUCAUGCACGAUGUUGAGUUGGUUCCUCAAGAAGUAUUGAAAUCUUACGCCAAACAGAGUCCACUCGAAGUUGAAUGUUCGUUCAGAGCUUAUGUUGGCGUUAGGGGGAACAGUCGACCACUGCAAUUGGCUAAAUUCUUCGUAGUCAGAGGCACCGAGUUGUCCCUGCUGGGUUUUGAGACGUCGCAAAAACUAGGGCUGAUCCGAUUGGGACCAACAAGCAACGCAGUUCUGGAUCCGUUGGGUGGUGAUGCUGUAUGUAGCGUACAGGCUGAAAGCUCGGAAUUCCCAAAAGUUAAGUUGGCCCCGGUGAAAUUUAAGGUGGACGACACCGUUACACCGCGACAGAUUAUUCGGUAUAACAUCCCAAAAGCAUUCGAGAACGCCACCAAUGAGAGACUACGAACGAUGGAGAACAGCGGGUACGAACGAUUUCCGGAUAGUUGUGGACUACAGAGCUGUGAACAAAGCGAUCGUGAGGGAGCCCUACCCUAUGCCAUCACUGGAUAA